AUGAGCUUCUAUCGAACGACCGGUAGGUAUGGUGCAGCUAAGAGAUCUAAGAGCAUGAAUGAAGAAAUUGUGAGCAUCUCAGAUUCAGGGUCAACGACAAGCUCAGGAUCUGAGGAUAACGGAAGCUCAGAUGAGGAGCCAGCGAGCAGGGAAAUGUUGACGUACUGGAGACUUUCAUCAAUCGGCAAAGGAGAUGCAUACUCUCCCAGAGCCAUUCGAAUUACGUCCCACGUUCUCGUUCGACAUAUCAACUCCGUAUGGUUCACUGUCGAGUGGAAUGACGGUGAAGAGUCAUGGGAACCCGAAUCUGCAUUACAGGGCUAUCAACCAGAGCUGGUCUAUGCUUACUGGGAUGCAAUGCAAGGGGGACGCGAAAGGGCCACCAAAUUCAAUUUGUUCCAUGUCUUUACAAUUCUCGAACACAGAACCAAGAGAGAUUCUAGCAGGAGACGCGCUAAAAAGAUUUGCUAUAAGGUCCAGUGGGUUGGGUACGAUGUGAAAGAUCACAGCUGGGAGCCGGCAGCGAAAGUUGCUCAUCUUGUUCCAUGGAUGAAGGAAGAGUAUGAUAAGAUGCAUGGGCUGUGA